AUGACCGAUAACUCUGGAACUACGACUCCAGUAACCGCCAAAAUGGAGGGCCCCCAACUUCCAGACAACAAACCACAAGCCACUAAAAGCAGAAGAAGUGUACAAAAUAUGAACCCAGUUGCGUUGCAGAAAAAGAGAGAAAACGACCGCAACGCCCAAAGAAAUAUAAGGGAAAAAGCUCGAAACAAUUUAGCAGAGAUGCAAAGAAAGGUCAAAAAUUUAGAAGGACGUCUUUCCCUGGCGGAAAAGGUAAUUCAACGUUCGAAAGCGUUGUUGUUGGAACAUGGCAUUGAUCCAGGACAAGCAUUGUCAGUAGAGAUGGUUGCAUUUGAAGAGCAAAAUUUGGAUUUGCCGCAAGGUAUCUCAACUGGAGGCCUUUUGGAGGGGAUCGAGAUAGAUCGGCCCACAGUGGGUUUUCAAAGCCAGCAAUAUGCUCCAGUCAGCCAACCAAUGUAUCCCACGAUUCCCGCCAACCUUCAUCAACCUAUGGUACAGCCUCAACCAAAUGGACUCGGAUCUAUGCAAUACAUGGGAUCUCCGCAACAUUUUGAAUCUCACACUGGAUCAUCUUCACACGUUGGAUCCCCUCUGUCCUUAGAGAAUUCCCAUCAUACCAUGUCUCAUACUGGAUCUCCUCAAAUCAGCUCAUCCCCACAGUUUCCAGUACCUCAAGGUAUGGGUAAUAUCCCUCGAUCAAUGAGAGCUUUUGAACAAUUGGGACAAUCUCACCCGAUGGAAUUUAAUCAAUCUAUGCUCCCCGGACCCAUGGGACCCAUCUCACACAUGGCGGGAUCCCACCCCAUGUCACAAUCACAAUCCAUGCCGCUUCUCCAAAAUUCUGGAUUUCACAAUGCUUUCUCGUCGCCCAGUCUGAUAGAAAACCCCGCUUAUUCUUCUCCAAACACAAUGAUGUGGGAUAAUGGUGCCGAUGCUGCAUAUCGACACAAUUUAUCAGGUUAUCCGGCAGUCACGGAUCAUAUGACAUUGGUAUAA